UACAGUAAAAAGUCCAAGUGCAGCCGCUCGGCGCAAGAUGGGAUCCGGCUCCUCCAGCUACCGGCCCAAGGCCAUCUACUUGGACAUCGAUGGGCGCAUUCAGAAGGUGGUCUUUAGCAAGUACUGCAACUCCAGUGACAUCAUGGACCUGUUCUGCAUCGCCACCGGCCUGCCCCGGAACACGACCAUCUCCCUGCUGACCGCGGACGAUGCCAUGGUGUCCAUCGACCCCACCAUGCCCGCCAAUUCAGAACGCACUCCCUACAAAGUGAGACCUGUGGCCGUCAAGCAAUUGUCUGAGAAAGAAGAAUUAAUCCAGAGUGUGCUGACCCAGGUGGCAGAGCAGUUCUCAAGAGCAUUUAAAAUCAACGAACUGAAAGCAGAAGUCGCAAACCACUUGGCCGUGCUAGAGAAGCGAGUGGAAUUGGAAGGCCUGAAAGUGGUGGAGAUCGAGAAAUGCAAGAGUGACAUCAAGAAGAUGCGGGAAGAGCUGGUGGCCAGAAGCAGCAGGACCAGCUGUCCCUGUAAGUACAGUUUUGUGGAUAACAGCAAGAAACUGACAACUCGGCGUGAUGUCCCCACGUAUCCCAAGUACCUGCUCUCCCCAGAGACCAUCGAAGCUCUCCGGAAGCCCACCUUCGACGUCUGGCUCUGGGAGCCCAACGAGAUGCUGAGCUGCUUAGAGCACAUGUACCAUGACCUGGGCCUGGUCAGAGAUUUCUCCAUCAACCCCAUCACACUCAGGAGAUGGCUGCUCUGCGUGCACGACAACUACAGGAACAACCCUUUCCACAACUUCCGGCAUUGCUUCUGCGUGACCCAGAUGAUGUACAGCAUGGUCUGGCUCUGCAGGCUCCAGGAGAAAUUUUCCCAAAUGGAUAUCUUGAUUCUAAUGACGGCAGCCAUCUGCCAUGAUUUGGAUCAUCCAGGGUACAACAACACGUACCAGAUCAAUGCCCGCACGGAGCUGGCCGUCCGAUACAACGACAUCUCGCCCCUGGAGAACCACCACUGCGCCGUGGCCUUUCAAAUUCUCGCCCAGCCCGAGUGCAACAUCUUUGCCAAUGUGCAGCCGGACGAGUUCAAGCAGAUCAGACAGGGGAUGAUCACAUUAAUUUUAGCCACUGACAUGGCAAGACAUGCAGAAAUUAUGGAUUCUUUCAAAGAAACAAUGGAGAAUUUUGACUACAGCAAUGAGGAGCACGUGACCCUUCUGAAGAUGAUUUUGAUAAAAUGCUGUGACAUCUCUAACGAGGUCCGUCCAAUGGAAGUUGCGGAACCUUGGGUGGACUGCCUAUUAGAAGAGUAUUUCAUGCAGAGCGACCGCGAGAAGUCCGAGGGCCUUCCAGUGGCCCCUUUCAUGGACCGGGACAAAGUGACCAAAGCCACAGCCCAAAUUGGGUUCAUCAAGUUUGUCCUGAUCCCGAUGUUCGAAACGGUGACCAAGCUCUUCCCUGUGGUGGAGGAAAUCAUGCUCCAGCCCCUCUGGGAAUCCAGAGAUCGUUACGAGGAACUGAAGCAAAUGGAUGACGCCCUGAGAGAGAAGACAGAGAGCCUGACAUCCGGGCACACCGACCCGCCGAGAGAGGGAAGCAGAGAUGUGAGGAAAAGCGAAGAUAAUGCCAUCCUGAAUUGACGUCUCAGCGCAUACGGCACAUCCUAUUUUUUAAUGGUUCAGAAGAGGGAUUGAGAUUGUUUUAUUUGGCCUAAAUGUGUUCAACAGCGUGUGCGGUUUUUAAGCAUCGUCUGCACAUCAUCCUGGGACGUCUGACAGCACCUGCACAUUUUCAAUCCCCACAGAAGCUUUCUCCCUCUUCCUUUUCCAAGCAGACGGAGCCUGAAGACGGCAGGACAGUCCGGGCCGUGGUUCUGGACCAGGCUGGAGGAGCCGGAGCCUCGCGGGAGCCGACUGUGCAGGGAAAAGUUGACUCUGAGCGCCUACUCCGCCAAGACUGCGUUUUCUAAGAACUGUUUUGUUCACUGAUACAAAAAAAAAAAAAAGGAAUUCAUGAUGCUGUACAGAAUUUUUAUUUUUAAACUGUCUUUUAAAUAAUAUAUUCUUAUACAGAAACGGGUACUGUACUUUUUCUUUGGUAAUGCUGUGUAUCCCGGGGCUGCCUCUGAGAGUCCCCAGAGUCCCCCUCAGCUCUCCCGCGGAGACAAGGAACUGUGCUUUCCCCGCAGAUGUAUCUUAGAACAGUUUUCCA